GGCAAAAGAAGGAUCUUCAGGAGCCGCCCGCGAUUUGCCCAGGUAGCCCCAUCACAGUCAGCAGCUUGGGAGAAACGCCUCAGGUGUCUGAGCAUAAACCACUGCAAACAGCUUGUGAUGUAAAGCCAACCAGGUGACUCGCACACCCUCAGUUGGCCUCGUCUUUUCUGGUCACGGUUGACUCAUGGAAUGGAACAAGCUGAAACAUCAUCGGUUUCUUUGUCUGUGGGUUUGAGGCAAUUUGGGGAUGGUCUUCUGUGAAUGUAACUAGACCAACCGCAGCUAUGAGUUCAGACGAGAAGGGCAUCUCACCUGCCCAUAAAACAGCCACUCCGACCCAUAGAAGUGCCUCCUCUUCAGCGUCCACCCAGAGGGACAGUAGGCAGAGUGUCCACGUGUUGGAGAGGGCUUCUUCCUCUGGCACGGAGCCCUCUGUAAGUCGGCAGUUGCUAGAACCAGAGCCGGUCCCUCUCUCCAAGGAAGCAGACAGCUGGGAAAUCAUAGAAGGGCUGAAAAUAGGUCAAACCAACGUCCAGAAGCCCGACAAGCAUGAAGGCUUUAUGCUGAAGAAGCGGAAGUGGCCUUUAAAAGGCUGGCACAAGCGCUUUUUUGUCCUGGAUAAUGGAAUGCUAAAGUAUUCAAAGGCACCACUUGAUAUUCAAAAGGGGAAGGUCCACGGGAGCAUUGAUGUCGGCCUCUCGGUCAUGUCGAUUAAAAAGAAGGCUCGGCGAAUAGACCUCGACACGGAAGAGCACAUCUAUCACUUGAAGGUAAAAUCCCAGGACUGGUUUGAUGCCUGGGUCUCGAAAUUGCGCCACCACCGAUUGUAUCGUCAGAAUGAAAUUGUGAGGUCCCCGCGAGAUGCUAGUUUUCAUAUAUUCCCUUCAACCUCCACAGCUGAAUCCUCACCAGCUACUAAUGUCUCCGUUGUGGAUGGAAAGGUGCAGCCCAGCAGUUUGUCAUGGCAACCGCCUUUGCCGUGCAGCAAUAGCCUCCCUGCCACCUGUACGACAGGCCCGAGUAAAGUGGCAGCCUGGCUUCAGGACUCAGAAGAAAUGGACAGGUGUGCAGAAGAUCUUGCCCAUUGCCAGUCCAACCUUGUGGAAUUGAGCAAACUCCUUCAAAAUUUGGAAAUUCUGCAGAGAACCCAGUCGGCACCUAACUUUACUGACAUGCAGGCUAACUGUGUAGAUAUUGCAAAGAAAGACAAGCGGGUCACGAGACGAUGGAGAACAAAAAGCGUCAGCAAAGAUACAAAAAUGCAACUGCAGGAAGGGCCACCUGCGAAGGGCCAGUUCAGCACAACUCGGCGCCGGCAGAGGCUAGCGGCAGCGGUGGCUACAACAGUACCUUUCAGUGCUACAAUGUCACCGGUCCGCUUGCAUUCCUCCAACCCCAACCUCUGUGCAGAUAUUGAAUUUCGGACUCCCCCCAGCCAUCUCACUGACCCUCUGGAAAGUUCAUCGGAUUAUACAAAGCUCCAAGAAGAGUUUUGUCUCAUUGCACAGAAAGUGCAUUCGCUGCUGAAAUCGGCCUUCAACAGCAUAGCGAUCGAGAAGGAGAAGCUCAAGCAGGUGGUUGCUGAGCAGGAGCACAAUACAGGGAGCGCGCAGCUGGCGCGGCUCCGGCAGUCACUGUCUCAGAGCGACGGCGCGAACAGCUGCUGGGCACUCAACCAGAACGCUGAACUAAGGAGUCGGUUGAGCAGAAUACAUUCAGAAUCGAUUAUUUGUGAGCAGGUUGUCAGUGUAAAUAUUAUUCCUAGCCCUGAUGAGGCUGGUGAGCAAAUCCAUGUCAGUCUCCCCCUGUCGCAGCAAGUCGCCCAUGAGAGCCGCCUCUCCAUGUCCGAGUCUGUGUCCGAGUUCUUCGACGCCCAGGAGGUGCUCCUCUCUGCAAGCUCCUCCGAGAACGAAGCUUCUGAUGACGAGUCUUAUAUCAGUGACGUGAGUGAUAAUAUAUCAGAAGACAACACGAGUGUUGCAGACAACAUUUCUCGGCAAAUCCUCAACGGGGAGCUUACAGGAGGGGCUUUCCGGAACGGGCGCCGAACAUGCCUCCCGGCGCCCUGCCCCGACACCAGUAACAUCAACCUGUGGAAUAUCCUGAGGAACAACAUCGGUAAAGACCUGUCUAAAGUCUCCAUGCCGGUGGAGCUCAACGAGCCCCUCAACACGCUGCAGCAUCUCUGUGAGGAAAUGGAAUACAGCGAGCUCCUGGACAAGGCCUCGGAAACCGACGACCCCUACGAGCGCAUGGUUCUUAUUGCUGCAUUUGCAGUUUCAGGAUAUUGCUCCACCUAUUUCAGAGCAGGAAGUAAGCCAUUCAACCCGGUCCUGGGAGAGACUUACGAGUGCAUCAGAGAAGACAAGGGAUUCCGAUUUUUCUCAGAACAAGUUAGCCAUCAUCCACCCAUUUCUGCCUGUCACUGUGAAUCAAAGGAUUUUGUGUUUUGGCAAGAUAUCCGAUGGAAAAACAAGUUCUGGGGGAAGUCCAUGGAAAUCCUGCCUGUGGGAACACUGAAUGUCGUGCUUCCAAAAUAUGGAGAUUGCUACGUGUGGAAUAAAGUCACCACGUGCAUACACAACAUCCUCAGUGGGAGGAGAUGGAUAGAGCACUAUGGAGAAAUCACCGUUAGAAAUACCAAAAGCAGUGUUUGCAUUUGCAAACUCACAUUCGUCAAGGUGAAUUAUUGGAACUCUAAUGUGAAUGAAGUCCAGGGUGUUGUGAUGGAUCAGGAGGGGAAGGUGGUCCAUCGGCUGUUUGGGAAGUGGCAUGAGGGGCUCUACUGUGGUGUGGCCCCAUCAGCAAAGUGCAUCUGGAGACCAGGUUCCAUGCCAACCAACUAUGAGCUCUACUACGGCUUCACAAGAUUCGCUAUUGAACUCAAUGAGUUAGAUCCUGUGUUAAAAGACCUCCUUCCACCAACAGAUGCGCGAUUCCGGCCAGAUCAGAGAUUUUUGGAAGAAGGAAAUUUGGAAGCUGCAGCAGCUGAGAAACAAAGAGUAGAAGAACUUCAGAGAUCCCGAAGACGAUACAUGGAAGAAAACAACCUUGAACACAUACCAAAAUUUUUUAAAAAAGUUAUCAAUGCCAAUCAAAGAGAAGCCUGGGUUUCUAAUGACACCUACUGGGAGCUGCGUAGAGACCCUGGGUUUAGUAAAGUGGACAGCCCAGUUCUUUGGUGAACUGGGGAACGUAGCGCUCGCCAACAUAUCACACUGAAUGAUUCGAUCACUAUGCACAAGGAUGUUUCUUCUAGCUCAGCGUGGUUUGUGGGUCGACUGAAAACCUCCCAUUUGUUCCUCUCUUCAUCUUUAUAAUGGACUUUCAGAAGUGCAUUAGACAAGGCCCCUAACCACUUGUGGAUCCUUUCUGUUUUGCUGCAACCAUAUUCCUUAAAACAUCCACACCCACCUCGGAAAGCAGAAUUCAAGGAGUCGAGUAUCAAAUCCAAAGUUUGAAGAAUUUGUAAGGAAAACAAACUGCAACUGGUGCUUCAAGCUGACCAAGAGCAUUCAGAGCAACAUGACAGAUAAGCCGCGUGUGUGGUCCUUUGUCCGGAAGCACCAUCACCCCCGGCAGAGCUCCUGGGGCGUGGUGGGCUUUAGCCGGUGACUCUGAUGUGGUGACGUGGUGUGCCUGUGCUCGCCUUGUCGGAAAAGACGUGAUGCUUCUCAGAACCAGUUCCAUCUGUAUGCCAUUGUUCAUGCCUUAAGAAAUGCAAAGAUGUACACUGUAUCGUUUUUUAGAUGUGUGCUCGUAGGUUUGUGUGAAGGGCAGCUCUUUCGAAUCCUGGCAUGAUUCACUUCAUGCGAUCAGAAUCACGAGGAGAACGGAAGUGGAUGAAAGAAGAAGUAAGCAGCCGGGCCGCCGGAAAGGCGACAAAGAAAAGGUGUGACGAAGUAGAUCGCUGUGUUCCUGUUGAUCUUUAAGUUCCUGUCCUGCUUCCAGAUAAUAAACCACCCCUCUCGGACCUAACCUCACAGUGUGCCCUAUUAUUUGGCAAAAAUCUGUAUUUAAUACAAGCCCUCAGCAUCAGUGUUAUAACCUUGGGGGGGAAAAUCACAAAACACAUAUGGAAUUCCUGAGCGUGCUUGAGUAGUGUAAACACAAUUGUUUAUGAUCGAAGCACAGUGUAACCCACCUCUUUAUCCCAUGCUCAACGCACUGACCCUAGUCGAAUUCCACUGGGAACAAGCAAGAAUGCUAGUAGCUUAUUGGCAUUGUUUAAAUGAAUUCUAUGCAAAACCCUGUUUCUUAUUUUUAUCCAGUGAUUCGGUAUGAGACAUGACCACCUCGUAUGCGUUUAUCUUGCUAUUGGCAGAGCUAUAAACUUAAGCUAAGGAAUUUAUCCAUCCUCCCCCAAAAGUGGGGCAGCAAUGUGUUUGGCAUUACUUCAGCGGGUUUUUUUUCCUCCACUAUUAUACAGAUGUUUUUUGUAGGUAACUUGCAUUAUAUUCCUCAGUUUCUGCACGUAGAUGACUAUAUAAAUGCCUGUAUGCUUAUUUUUUUUAAAAUCUCUUUAGAGAUUUUCCUAGAGAAUUAUAAAAUCACAUAUAGUUUAUCCUUAGUUCGACUUUCAUUCUUAAAUUCUUACCAUCAGACUUUGAGUAUGAUUUUAAGCACUGAUAACAAGGUUACUGACAUUGUACAUUUUGCUAUGAGAUGUUUUAGUGUCAUUUCUCCUCAGCAAAGCAUUCUGACUACUGGCUAAUAAGCCAUCAACUGUGGACGACCCGAGGGGAGACCGACAGGUCCACUGAUGGAAGCCAUAUUUUAGUUAGCCUGCAAUGUAUCUCGCCUUUAUGCGGAGUCCGUAGCUUAUGUACACAGUCGGCACUGGUUAGGGAUGGAGCUUCACCCUCGAGUAAAGUCUAAUCCAUCACCAGCACAAUCCCAUCCCCUUAAGCAGCACCAUCCCUAUGACUCCCACUUCCUUUCCAUCCCGUUUGAAACCUGUAGGUGGCUUCCCCCUGUGGUAGUCCAAGCUCUCCCUGAUUAUACAUUCUUUUUCUACCCAUUCAUCUGGACAAAUUUUAUCUGUAUCCUACGAUACAGCCUUUUAAUUUUAACUAGAAUCUGAUUAGAAUCCUAUUGCCUUUCCACAUAAUAGUCUGUUCUCCCCUGACUGGUGAUGCUUCCAAUACUACUUAAAGCGGUCCUGGUCUGUACUUACUGGUCUUUUCCUGGACAUUCUCAAAACAUUUAGCAUAAAUGCAAGGGAAGAAGCCUGCAAAAGGAAGUUACUAGAGUACCUGUAGAAGGACAGGAAGGGUGGCGCGUUGGUGUGAUGGCAGGCAGGCAGAAGGGCCCAGCAGGGAAGCACCUAUUCUCUCUAGCAUUUGAAAACCACAGCUUCAUUCUAGACGAGCCCAAGUUUAGAAUCUCUUUGCAGAUGCUGAUAUCCGUCUGAGAAUUCCAUCUCAAACCUAAAUGAAGUUUUAGACGGUGGUCCAUGACUGGAUUCACUAAUCUCUCCCCAUCACCACAAGCAGCAGUAACAGCCACACCUCUGUCCUGUCUCACCUUCCAACUUUUCAGGGCUGUUGAAGACUGGUGAGACGUACCUCUGUCUGGAAUUCUCAGCUACUCGCUAUUUGGGCCAGUCGAGGCUCGUUUAAACAGCAAGUAGUGUCGAAUAAAUAUUAGAGCAUUCUUCUUAAUAAAAACGGAUUUCUUUCUUAGGAUUUUUAUAUAAACCCUUUUGGUUUUUUUCCCUCCCUCUUCUUUCAGGGACUCUUUUUUUUCUUUCUUUCUUUCUUGUUUUCCCCUAAAGUGAUGUAGGGUAGAGUAGGACUUAAUAAGUCUUUACACCUCCCUCGUGGUUUAUUCAUAAGCAACUUCAUCUCAUUUCGUUGGUCAUUAAGGAAAGCCGUAAUAAGUGCUAAUGAUCCUGUGGGCCAGGCUAUGCUGGACGGAUCGAUAGCCCAGCACACUGAUUCUAUAGGCUGCUACCCAAGGUACAAACGUACUCUCAGAUUUUGCCAUUGUUUUAAUGUGUUGGUUUAUUUGUUUAAUUAAGAGAUUAUUUUUCACGAUUACUUUCAAAUACCCCCAUCAUUUCCAGGAAUUUAUAAAAAUAAGCCUCGUGUGAGUUACAGCAUAGUAGCACUUACCAAUUAUACGUUGUGGAAUUGCACAUCAUCUUCUGGGUAAGAGAAAGCAAGAGAUUUCUCACCACAAGGGAUGCCAGAUUGUACAUAUAAGCCUUUCGCUUGUCUUGAUUAUUCUGGCUUCGUGCCUGUGUGCUCAUCACUAAUCGAUCAUUAGAUCCUGCCCCCCAGGAACAGGGUGGGAGAAAGCUUAAAAAGAAAAACACAAACUCCUGGUCAAGCUGUUCUGCUCAGGCCUGGUUAUGCUGUGACUGGAAGCACCUGUCACUGUCUUCUACAGUACCUUUUGGUUAUUUCGUGGAUUUUAAUUAUCCAUCUUGUCUAAUCGUGUUCUCUGCCCUCCUAGAUCAUGAUGAUGUGUUUGUGGGAGCGGAGCGCCUCGCUCCACAGGGGUGUCCUCAAUGUUUGCACUUGGCUUGAGUUGGCAUCUUAGGACUGUGCACAGUAAAUAAAGUUUGUGUACAAAAUAUUAGUCUAUUUCUAUGGGAGCCACUAUGUUCAGGAUAUAUAAAAUGUAUCUAAUUAAACAAUUAUGAAUCUA